CCCGUCGCCCAGCGCAUCGGCCUCCCCUGUCUUUCCUGCCAUCAAUCCCAUCACGUUGACUGUGAACCUUGCAGCAAUUGAUCUGGUUUGGUUGGACCCCAAAUUCCCCAAUAUAUGACCUCAUACUCGCGCUACGGUCUCAACGUGAAGGCUUCUACAAUCAGAUAGCCCUUAUCAACGGCGCACACGGCUUCAGCAGCCAUGGCUGAGCACAUACCACUACGCGGAUCUUGCCAAUGCGGCCGCAAUCAAUAUUUGAUUCGUCUGCCUGAUGAUGUUACCGACCAUGCUCACGUCUACUUUGACUCCAGUCAAGACAACCGAAGAUUUCACGGCUCACCGUUGACGGCAUGGCUUCGCGUUCCAUUAUCUUGGUACCAAUCGCACACGCAAUCCUUUUUUCCCGAUGAAACACAUGCAAGUAUCCGACGCAUCUUCUCCCCGCACCAUGCGCCUCACACUCAGCGGGUCUUUUGCGGAUUCUGCGGCACCCCACUCACAUACUGGAGCGAGGUGCCCCGGGAUGAGGCGGAUUUCAUGAGUGUGUCUCUGGGUAGUCUUUUCGGCGAACAUCAACGUAAGCUGGAGGAUCUGGAUCUACUUCCCCCAGCUGUCCCUUCUUCUGAUGACGAGGAUGAAGAGGAGGACGACGAAGUUGAGGAAGUGCCAAGAGUUGGCGAGGCGUCGAGUGACCGUCCCACUCCGUCUCGUGUAGUCAUUCCCGCUGCCGCGGGGGCCGACGGGUCUGGUCUCUCACAGAGCUACAGGCAAGGCACCUUCGGUGGGAUACCGUGGUUUGAGGAAAUGAUCGAAGGUAGCCAGUUGGGCCGUUUGAUGAAGACGAGACGUGGGAUGGGUGUUAGCGACGACCACUCGACGACCGUCGAGUGGGAAAUUAGUGAGUGGUCGAGCGAUGCGACUGGACAGCGGGGUUCCAUUCUUCGCUGGAUUUUCAGAAGAUUUAACCGUGGAGCGUGA